ACAUCGCUCGUCCAGGCCCCUCUAUUGGCGUUUGCCCGCGCUUUUUGAACUGUCGAAAUGUUUUCGGAAUAGAACCGGUCCCCUGCUUGGAAGGCUGACAAAGCACGGGAGGACGAAUCGAAUGGUUGACGACAUCGCUCCUCCAGGCCCCUCUAUCACGCUUGGAGCGCUUGCAAUGGCGAUGGCGGCCACAGCAAUGACGGAAUUUGCAUCAGCAAAGGAAGGAAGCGCGGUGAUCAUGGCAACGUCGGCGGAUGACAACCAUCCUGUGGAGCACAUUCUGGAUGGGCUGGAGGAAACUUUCUGGGCAACAACGGGACUGUAUCCACAAGUGUUCAUUCUCGCAUUUCCCAGAGCCGUUAGCUUAUCAACCAUCAGGACACUGACACGCAAUGUACGCAAGCUUCUCGUGGAGCGGACGGAGGAAUCUAUGCCAAUGAAAUUUGAAAAGGUCUUCGAAGUUGAGCUGAGCGAUCGAAGUAACCGGCUACAAGCGGAAGUGCAGCAGGUCAACAAUACAAAAGCGCAUUUCUUACGGAUCACGAUCAAGAGCGGAUGGGAUGAUUUCUGCACAGUUCACCGACUCUCAUGCGAGGGCUGGCCAUCCAGCUAGAUAGAUAGAUAGAUAGACAGAUAGAUAGAUAGAUAGAUAGAUAGAGAGAGAGAGAGAGAGAGAGAGAGAGAGAGAGAGAGAGAGAGAGAGAGAGAGAUGUAGAUAGGAUAUUAUUUAAGAUAAGAUAUGUGCGGGAAAAGAAAAACAUAAGAUAUGUAUGUGUGUGUGUGUGUGUGUGUGUGUGUGUGUGUGUGUGUGUGUGUGUGAGAGAGAGAGAGAGAGAGAGAGAGAGAGAGCCCCACAUCUGCUCAGUUGGCAACUUAGCACCAAAUUGAAAUUCUAUUACGUUGUUCAGUUAGGAACACAUUAUCAUUACACUAAAAAAAGACAAAAAAAAGAAGGGGAAUUGCUCCUGAGUCACCUUUUUAGUUUGAAGUAGGGCAAGGAAAGACAAAGUUGCGCCCAUGUAAUUGUGAACUAGCUAAUGAGCAUGGAAUGGGAGGUGUGGAGGGGGAGGAGGUGCAUCGUCCCGUCGUACUAUUCGCUUCGAUGAUCGAGAAUCAUAUAUGAAAUGAUAGGAUGAUGCGUGAGCCAGAGAGUGAGGACGAUGGACCGCUGCGGCCUUGCAGGGGGAGGGGAGGGAGAUGGAUGCGCGCUACAUUGCCAUGCAUUUUAAAUGAAUCUGGAGGGUUUUCUCGAUCCUAUACAGGGCACGGCUCCACUUCACGUACAGUACGGCGGUGCGCCGCCGCGGCUUCAGAAGCGGUGCCCAAGGCAGUUGUGGGUCGUUAAGGAGACCAACAGGGUGCAGGUUCGGUUCCGUACGGUGUCACGGGGAUUGGAUUUAAGGCCGAAGGUCGUAAUGAUCACAUUUCAGACUCUCUUGACUGGUUAUGGUCCUGAACGCGGCCAUAUGCAUGCACGAAAGUCUUCUAUAGGAUGGUGCGUGUUGAGAAUCCACGCCUGCAUGCUGCCCGCGUCCCGUGCUUGCAUAUUAUCUAGAAAUAGAUGGUGCCAAAACCAAGCUCUUGACCAAUCACUGAUUGAGAUUUACCGUCAUCAUCAUCAACUGCAGUCUCAUACCAAUUAGGUUGUCCAUAAAAGCUUUGAAAAGUCAAACUUACUCGUACGGACUCUGUCGACAUGAACCCUAAGCCCUUGAAAACUCAAGCUUACAACGGGCUGACCAUUACGAGUAAAGGUUCACUUUUCAA